CGCACCCGCCCUAAAAUACUUUUAUGUCAUUGGCUAAACUUUACCCCGCCCCCUGUGUCAUCCAACCUAUGGCUGAGGACGGAGGGUCCGCGAUUGGUCCGACUGGAAAUUGUGGCCGGAAGGCCUGGGAUUGGGGCCUCAGUGCUAGUGGAGAUGGCGGUUGCCGCAGCUGGUCGGGGAAUCGGGGCAAAGCUGGGCCUGCGUGAGAUUCGCAUCCACUUAUGCCAGCGCUCAGCCGGCAGCCAGGGAGUCAGGGACUUCAUAGAGAAACGUUAUGUCGAGCUGAAGAAGGCGAACCCCGACCUGCCCAUCCUAAUCCGCGAAUGCUCGGAUGUGCAGCCCAAACUUUGGGCCCGCUACGCAUUUGGCCAAGAGAAGAAUGUCUCGUUGAACAACUUCAGUGCUGAUCAGGUAACCAGAACUGUGGAGAAUGUGCUAAGUGGCAAAGCCUGAAGCCUCCACUGAGGAUUAAAAGCAAGAGCUCCAGAGCCUGGGCUCUGCUGGACUCAGUACAAUAUGGAAAAAUGUGUUCUGUUCCUUAUAAAGCUUGUACUGUCAAAUGCUG